CUUAAUGUCAUAAUGUGCGAUCAAUGAGGUGAACAACUAAUUAUUUUAAACCUUUGGAAUAUUGAACGUUUUUGCGAUAAGUGUUUUUGCUGAGUGGUUUUUGUUGGAACAAAAUAGGAUUUUGAAAUCUUCUAAUGGAUGUCCAACACACUGCCAGAAGUGGCUUGGGCAUGGAAUCGUACUCACUUCGCAAUAUGUAUCUAAGUGUAUUUGUUGUAAAGACAGCGUACAUUUACAUAGCAAUGAAUUUGGCCUGGAGCUCCUUGAUGAUUCCAUACCUGGAGACGACUCUGACUGUGUUGACCAUAGACAAAGUAGCCAUCUUGGGAAGUCUGCCCUUAGGGAUGAUGCUGGGACCAACCGUAGGAUACUUCUUAGCUCCAAGAUAUGGAUACAAAUCAAUUUUUCUCCUCUUCGGUAUCCUCAGCCUGUUAUCAGUUCUGCUUCUCUCGUUCGUCCAAGUCUGGAUCAUCUGCUUGGCAAGGAUUUUAGCAGGAGUUGCAACAGGUGCAGUUCUAUGCUACAUGGGAUCUUACAUUAAGGAUAUCGCAGAGCAAGAAGUGAGAGUAGUUCUGAGGCCUUUGUACUACGGAUUCACGUCGCUCGGCUUCCUUUUGGUUUAUGCAAACGGCUCGACUUUCUCAUACUUUGAGAUGCUACUGAUGCUUGCGGUCGUACCAGUUUCAUUCUUGAUUUGUUUGACCUGGCUGCCUGAAUCCCCGUAUAUCCACGUGGCUAAUGGCAACAUGGCGACAGCCGAGAAAUCGAUUGACUUUUUACACAGAGGGAUAUCCACUCGGGGACUCGAUCAGCUGAUGCUUCUUAUUCAGGAAGGUACAAGGAAGAGAGGGCCAGAGUUGUUUCUUCCUCCAUUCCACAAAGACCCGAAAAUUGCCAAGGCGAACCUUACUCUCUUCGUUCUUCUUUCUCUCACUGGCUUCCCCGUGGUGUUCAUGUUCAUGGAGCCGCUGAUAAGAGAGGUCCAGAAGAAGUUAAUCUGGAACUCUCUCUUCAUGAUUGCUACGGUCAGCCUCCCUCUCAUGCCAGUGGUUUGGAUGUUCCACGCUUGCUGCAGUUCUAGGACAAAGAUGGCGACUUCAUCGACACUCAUGUCUCUGUUUAUGGCGAUUCUUGGAGUUUUCUUUUUUUAUUUUGAAAGCGGCCAAGAUGUAUCACAUAUUUUUUUUAUACCUACGAUUUGUCUUACAUUCUACGCUGCAGCAUUCCUAGUCGGAUUUGUUGAUAAGCAAGAGGAAGAGGGAACUGACAGAUGUCGAGAUUGUGGGCGAGUAGUAGCUCUGAGUGCUGGCUUCUUCAGCAUGUUUCUAAACGUUGUGGCUUUCCUUCCAGUUAAAGAAGUCCUGGGAACAGCACCCAUUUUGUGGUUUUAUUCUGCAGUUUCAGUUAUCAUGACGAUCUUUAUAAUAGUUUUUAAACCUAAAGGAACAUUAUUUUGAGUAAUAUUAUGUUCCUUUCUAAAAUACAUUUGUGGAAUUUCUA